AUGGCAACAAUGGAAACAACUACACAUAAAGAUGCUAAUAUUCUGAAAGCUGGUCUUCAAAAAAAUAAAAAUGCCCUCGAUGAAGCAGUAUUACAGAAUGGGGGAGAAGUGGAAAUAAUGCAAAGAGAGAAUAGUGAAGCAAUGGAAAAUAUCGGAACCACUACCAUAGGUUAUAUUUCAAUUAAAGACUAUGCAUACGAAGAUACAAAUCCGCUCCAUUAUGGUUAUUUUGAUGGGGAUAAUGAAGAAGAUGACAUGAUUUCCGAUUCUUCAAACACAGAUAAUGAAUAUAAUAAAAGACAAAGUGUAACAUUACCAGACGACUACAUAGUUAACCAACGUGCCGUUGCUCUCUACGAUUUCGAACCUGAAAAUGAUAAUGAAUUGAAGUUAGCUGAAGGAGAAAUCGUAUUUAUCAGUUACAAGCAUGGGCAAGGUUGGUUGGUAGCAGAAAAUGAAUCAAGGUCAAAGACGGGAUUGGUGCCGGAGGAAUUUGUUUCUUAUAUACAAUCGGAAGAUGGCGAAGACGAGCUGGAAAACAAGGCUCGACCUUUCUAUCUAACGCAUUUGAUCACACAGAGUGUUAGUCCGGAAGAAAGCAGUAAUACCGUUGAUAAUAACUAUGAUGACGAUGAUGAGUGGGAAGACAUUGAUGAUGUUACAGAGAUUGAAACAGAUGUGAAAACAAAAUUAAACAUAUCAAAUUGA